AUGUUUCUCAACAAGAAACGGAAGCACUGGGAAAUUUCCUUGAACUGGGUGGAACGAGCAGCGCGGUUUCCAAGAGAGAGGCAAGGCGAGGCGACAGGGAGCACGAGGCGGGCUACCACGGCGCAGGCCGCCGCGCACCCGCGGGGUCUGACAGAGCUGAACGGCCUGGGAGCCGCCAACCACCCGUUAGGGGCUGAGGAAAAGCAGGGUUUGGAGUUUACCGGCACGUUAACUCAAACUUGUUCAGCUACGUACGUUCUUUGUGAGGAUCCACCAGUUAAUCUGCAGAAGAGGACCGCCGGGUCUUCCUUGAAAGCUGGUGGGAUGCGGAUUGUCCAGAAACACCCACACAAUUCUGAUGCCAAAGAAGAAAAAGAUAAGGAUGAUCAAGACUGGGAAACCAGCAGCCCACCUAAACCAACUGUGUUCAUCUCUGGUGUCGUUGCAAGGGGUGAUAAGGACUUCCCUCCAGCUGCAGCUCAGGUGGCUCACCAGAAACCACAUCCUUCUGUGGAAAAGCUCCCUCAUCCGCAGCAUGUCAACCAGCAUAUCCACCAACCUCGCAAGUGAACUCUCCAUCAAAGUCUCAGCUAAAAUGCCAUCGAUGAAUACGUUUUCAAGAGAGGAAGAAAACCCUUUAGGAUUCACACUACCAAAUCAGUAAAAUUGGCCUCUGAAAUAAUAUGUUGUUUCUUUUACUUUAAUUCUCAAGGGUUAAUAACAACUGAACAAUGUCUCCAUUCUUAUCCCAGGUGGAAAAUUUCCCCCUUCUCUUUUAGGUAUUUGCUCAUCAGGGAUAUUACUCAGUUUCUCCAAUUUACCUUUUGUAUAAGAGUCUUUUAUUGCAAAGGCAAAACUUCAAAAUGAAUACUACAGUUAAUGAAUUUAAAACUUUUACUUUUAGCUCUGGCAUCGCAAUAGCACAUAGUUAAUGUAGUUUUUAAUGCUAAACCAGUAAGGAAGAAUAACCCAUGGGUACUGGUACUUUUGCUAUCUGGAGAGAGCUUGUUGUGUAUGUUUGACGCAGAAAUUGGUGAUUGCGUUGAUUUCAUAGACCCUUGCGGACUUCAGUAUCCUAAGUUGUAAUACCUCAGCAGCAGUUCCAUCUGAUUUCAACUAAUAAGAUGAUAAAAGGGUCCAAAUAUAUUCUCAAGUGGGGAGAAAUCGAGCCGAAUCUUCCUUAUACUUACAUUGUGCUCACCCAGUCUUGUUGAAGUUCUUCCAUGCAGGCUUUGCACAUUUUCAGCUUCGUGGGUAUGAACAGGGGUAAGAAAUCAGUGUUUCAGAAACACUGCUGCUGUAUGCAACCCAUUUGUGAUCUCGUUUGUCUCACUGGGGGCUGUAUUUUUAUGAGGUGAUCAUUUCUGAAUUGCAAUAGCAAGCUGAAGGAGUUCAAGACCUUCCAGAAUUGAACUUAAAAAUAAACUGGAGAAAAAUCUAUUUUUUUUUUUUAACUUGCAGUUUGAAGUUAUUGUUGGAAAGUAAGAGAUAUCACUAGUAAAUGUGUUUGACUUUAUGACCCAACCUCUGUUGUGCACCAUAUGUUUUUCCUAAUCUUUUUGUUGUGAAUAAGGAAAGUAAUGAUACAAGUGAAAUAAAAAAAUUACCCCACAAACAGAGCAAUCUGAUUAGGUUUUGCCAUGUAAUUAAAUCUUUUUGAUUGCAUUGUUCAAAAUUAUCUUCCUUCCACAAGUCAUCUUUAUAAAACCGGUAAAAAUAAUUUUUUAAACAUUUAACCUACAUUUUUAAAGUGUACUUCAGUUUUUAACUGAAUGAAAAUACACUGCAGGCUUUUGUACUCUCUAGGUUUAUAAAACUUUUAACAACCUCAAAAAGGCAGGUACUUGAGCUAGUGCUGCAGUCAGUCAUCUGGCAAAUUAGUGGGAAGUUUGGGGUCACUUGGGGCUUAUUUAGUUCAUUUAUGUUUAAAAUCAAAUAGUAUGGAAGAACAGUGAGGAGAGUUUUAAAAAUAUGCUUUUUUAAAGCAUCUGCAGAUUAAUUUUCCCAUGAGUAGCUGAUUAAGAAAAAACCAAAAUGAUAUGAAAUAUGACGCGUUUCACUCACUCCCUGUGGGUGCGGUGGACAUGGCCUGUCCAUCUCUUAGUAGGCUUGAAAUGGAAAGGAUGCUUUGCGAAGGAGGGUAUUUCACCUCAUAUGCACAGAUAAAUGUAUUCUGCACCCAAGGAAGGCUGUACAAUCUUUACAUGCAGUCCUUAUUUUCAAUUUAAUUGGAUAACUGUACUUGCCUUAAGAAAUGAACAUUGUUUAUUACAUUUAUUGUAUAUGAGAAUAUGCAUAAUUUGUAAAAUACGUUUUUUGUUUCUGGUGGCAGUUCUUCUGAGGCCUUCUUGGUGGCCACUCAUGAGUGUAUACAAGCGAUUCACACGAGUAACUGAUGAAUAAAGAUAGAGUGUUGAACCCCGUGGAAUAUUUACAUGAGCUAAUUUGCUUGCAGGAGUGUUUGCAGAUUCAGGACAGCAAACAGUGGUAUCUCAUGAAUGGUACAGGCAAUAAUUGUCAGUCUGCUGGGCCAGUGCAACAGCAAAUCAUCACAGUCACCUGAUGCAGUGUAGCUGCUGGCUCGUCAUGAGCUGGGUGUAUUCAGAUCCCCUAGUGCUGUGUCUGCAUCUGAAGUGGUGUCCAGUCUGUAGCCAGUGGUGAUAUAGCCAAAGCAGUCGGUGGAGCGUAGGUACGAGUUAUUUGACCAAAGGGAAGCGUCUCCUGUCAAGAGGGAUUGAGCUCAUCUUACUCCCAUAGUGGAAGAUGAGACACAUACCUCAGUGCAGAUGCACGGAACUAGAUGGGCUGGAUACCUCUCAUCUAUAUCUAGUAACAGUGGGUACAAAUAUCUUCCUACCUUCUGAAAGCAACACCACAUUUUAAUUCCAAUAUUAAAAGUUAGGAACAUGGAUGUUUUGGCUGCUAAUUCUAUAUAUGCAGCAUCUAUAUAGACAAUAUCUGAAUUUGGUCUUUGAUCACUUAGAUGGAUAUGUUAUUACCAUGGAAUACGACUCUCAAGAUAGCUUUAGUGGCUUUUAGGGUGCAGCAAUUCCUAUAAGAUUAGAAAACAUUUCUGUAUGAAAGUAUACUGUAUAUUGUUGGAAGGUAUCCAUGUUUAUGCAUAGGUGUCCUUACCAAAGCAUUACCUUCCCCAAAAUAAAGAAUUGUAACUGGUGAUCUGGAUUGUCUACUGUUGAUUAUCGAUACAUUUUUAAUAAAUAAACAUGUUACAAUAACAUAGAAGCCUAGCAGAUGUUUAGAGGUUACCAUGAAAUGAUUAUUAAAUAAAUUUUCUGGAAUUGUCAAUAUGGCAAUAAUGCAACAAUAAAACACGGCUCUGAGGUUGUA